GGCAAGUGCUAAAAAUAGCUUGUAUAUAUCUAGGCCGGUUGCGGCCGCGAAUACUUUACAGUCGUGCGCCGGCAGCCGACGGGAGAAGGCCUAAGGUGGUCGUGUCUGAUACCUUGAAGUUAGCUCGAAGAUUAAAUGUGAGAAGCCGCUGUAAGGAGGAGAGAAAAAAAGAAAAAUGUAUAACUUGAACGUGAAUGUGAAUCCCAGCCCCGCCGCAGCUGCAGGUCUGCUUGGCGUCGCGGCGGCCGAGGUCACGCCAAGGACACCAGAAAUUUUGAAUUCUCUAAUCGCCAUGACCAAUCCCUUCGAGGGUUAUCCACACGAGCGAAACCGCGAGAGGGCGGAUUCUAGCAGCAGCAAUGAACCGAGCCCUCCAAGCGUUCAGCACACCUGUAGCCAACUCAUUAAAGAAGGUCUAAAGUUGACGUUACAAACGAAAAGACGGGCCAAUGGUAGCGGGGACGAGGGCAGGAAAAAAUCGAGAAAAGAAGAUGGUAGUGCAGACGAUGAAGAAGAUGACGAAGGAAGUAGCACUAGCGGUCGUGGUGGUGGAUUAACACCGGAGGACGAAGAGCGGCGUAGAAGAAGGCGAGAGCGCAAUAAAAUAGCAGCGACGAAAUGUCGGCUAAAAAAGCGUGAGAAAACGGUGAUACUCGUCCAAGAAUCGGAGGAAUUAGAGACCCAAAAUCACGAUUUAAAAUCACAGAUACAGGAACUUGAGACGCAGAGGCGCCGGUUAGUGGAAAUGCUGAGCGUUCACAGUCCAACGUGUCUGAAACAAGGUGGUGCUAACGAAAGUUCGUUUCAACAAUUUACCGAACCCUUACCUCUGCCCAGUUACCAAGAAAAUUUCGCCCAAUCCACCUUGAAUCAACCUCAAAACUGCGUCACGGAUUACCCCGUAAAAGUUGAAGGGUAUGAAAACUCUGGGCAGGAUUUUUACCGGCAAAACAGUCCUUAUAUACCUACGUCGGAUGCCGGUUGUACGGUUUAGUCCAAGAGUAUAGCGUGUCCACGUACCUUGGGGAGAGUGCUGCGUAUAUACUAGGAAAAAAUACAUGCAUUAAGGCGACAUGUAUGUACUUCUUUACCGGCUGAAAUUGCCCCAUCAAAUUACUGCAGAUUGUCGUAUGAUCUCACAAACGGAAAAGUGAAAUUGAUUUUUGUUAUUGCAUUCGGUCGAUCAAUUGCGGUGGGAUCUUUAUUGUAAUCGAGAAGAAAAAUAAUUAUUUCCAUGAGAAUGUCUAUACUGCUUGAUUGAGCGUUCUAACGAUUUUAACAAAGUUCAAACCGUUUAAUGCUUCAAAAGCCAAGUAAUUUUUAUGUAUCUAUUACGUGCAGAAUAUACGAACAUUAAUUUUUCUUUAAUGCUGACAAAGAUAAGAAGACAGUUUCGAAAACUGAAAAAUCGUAGUAUUGCAUUGCGGGCCAAGAUAAUAAAUUUUUUUUCACGAUUAUAACGAAUUUUUGUCUCAAAUAACAUCGUUAUUACCAAAUCAGUGAAUGUCAGAUGGUAAAUUUAUUCUAUAUUUUUAGUUUUGAUAUAUUUGCAAAAUUAUAUAGAGUUUUAGUUACCGACGAAUUAGAUAUCUUCCGUGAGUAUUGCAGCAUUACUUUAACAAGUCGUUCAAACUUCCUGCCAUGCUUCCGUUAUAUCUGGUUAAAUUUUUUAUUUCCCUUUCUCCGUUUUUUCAAAGAAAAAACAGAGAGAUAAAUUAUAAUAUAUGUAUGGAUUCGAUGCUUCGUUUUGCGCACUUUUUAACUCUUUCGACGAAACUUUGUAGGUAUAUAACUGAGUGAAUCACUUGAAUGAAUAGUGAUUUACCACUUAUAUAUUGUGAUAUCAGAGUUUUGAUUUCGUAAAAAGAGGGGUAAUUUAAAACGGCAGUUGUGAUAUAGUUGCGCCAAAACGUUAUUAUUAAUAUUAUUAAUAUUAUUAUUACUCUGACAUAUUAAAACGUUAUUUUAUACGAUAUGUAUCUACAAAAAAUGAUCAAAGUAGAUUUAUGUUACGAUUUUAGGUUUCGCCAAAUGCGAUUUUCAAUAUAUCUAAUUAUUGAUAAUAACUUCUCCGUUAAAGGUAAAAUGAACAAAAAAGAUCACUUUAUUUUUGAAGUUCGAAAGUUUCGGGUACAUUCAUUUUACAAAAGUAAGAAGAAAAUUAUUCAACUUUAUGUGACGAAGAGGAAACCAAUAUGAAGUUCUUUAUAAUCUACAAAACUAGUCUGACAAUUCUGAAAUGAUGAGUUAAUUAGUAAAAACUUCACUUUAAUCAUUUUAUGGAUCGUGCUCCUUGACUAAAAAAUAUAAAAAAACUUAAUGGAUUCAAGGCAACCUGAUUAUUCAAUAAUGAAAUUAUGGUCAAUUCUCACAAAGCGUGGAGGUCUAGCAACACGCAAUUGCUUAUUGUUAUUUGUUUCAUAAAAUUGAAGAAAACCUGUGCUUCUAACAAACUCACUUUUAUUUUGUUGAAAUACAAAUUCCUUUUCUUUAAAAUUGACCCUAAAUUUUCGAACUUUAGAUACAAGUGUCCUUUCAAGAUGAAAGGUAUCGAUUCAGAUUUAUAGGAACUUCAUGUACUUGAUGUCACUAGUGACAUAAGUAUUUUAUGAAUCGAAAUUUGAGAUUAAUAGCGAGCACUCUUUCCCUAUACUCUUAGAUUCAGCGGUAAGACUAUUCAUGUAUAAUAAUAUUUUUUAACUAUCGAGAUUCAUUUUAGCAUUUUUUUUUCUCCGAUUACUACCACUACAGUAAUGGCGUUUGAAAACUUGUUAUUUUUACUCGUAUUAUAAGAAUCGUUAAUUUUUUUUUGCAAUGAACUUUCACACAUUCCUUUGUAGUAAAUCUACUGUGACAUUCUAAAAGCUUUGACAUCGUAGAUAAAAUAAUGCGUUUUUUAGAUGUGCGAAUAUGAAGUUACGAUCAUCAUUAUAUUGAAAUAACAUUUGAAUAUAUUUCCUUUUGUCUGACAGUUGCAAAAACUAUACAUCGUGGCUAUUGUACGCAUUUGUGAACUAAAGCUAAUUGUUUUUCAAUUUUAAUUUUUUUAUUUUCAAAUGCCUUGCUGGGCGAAUAUAAACUACGAAUUGCGUGCUCAAUAGGGAAACCCGCAUUUGCAGACACACUUUUACGUACUAUGUGCUAUAUUAUUAUUUGGCUACCGAAGACUAACGUACUUUUUUGCACUACGAGUAUAAGUAUGUAUUUCAUAGAAUCUUGUCACUUGUAGUGAUAUGUAAAUGAUAUAAUUUCUACUUGCACAGUAAUCAUUUUACGUAAUCUUGCUUGUGUGACGUUGAUGCCAUUGUUGGUGAGUGAGCUCUAGUCGAAUAUAAUGUUAGCUGCAAGUUAAAAUGCGGCGUCGCAAUGAGUGAUUCGAAGAGGAUCUUGGAUCCAUUUUAGGAUUGAGUCGUUGAGGUCCAAACUAACAUAUUUCAAUAUCUAAAAAAUGCAUUUCUACGGACGUACAGAGGCCUAGCUUUUGAUGUUUCUUUUCAUAUUCAAUUAUGUAUGAAUGCUUGUUUGAAUGUAUGUAUACUUGUGGUGUAUGUGUGUUGAUUUUAGGAAUAAAUUUUUUUUCAGAUUGUUACUUUUAUAUUCGCGCAUCUGUGACAAGAAUUGCUGUAAUUAGUACGAGAGAGACGAGAAAUUUGGAAUCAAUCGUUUUAAGCGUACCAGUGCUGUGCAGAAAAUUAUCACGCAAGCAAUAUUUUAUCGAAAUAUAUUAUAUAUUUCUCGUUUCCAAUUAUCGAAGCUUAUUGAAGUAUACACCAGUGUAUAGAAAAUUUGUUGACACUUGAAUUCAAUAAUUAUUUUCUAAUGAAUCAAUUCAGCGUUCAAGAGAUACUUACAAUAAUUUUAAUAUUUAAUAAUUAUAGUGUAUAUAUGCACACACAUAUAAAUGUAUGUAUAUCAAUAUAUUAUAUAAUAUAUGUACACGUAUUUUAUAACCUGUCGAUAAUCAGUGAACAUUUACCGAUUUGAUUAAAUGUUAAGAGAACCACGUGCCUAACGAUAUACCUCAUUAUUACCGUGGGUAGCAGUUACCUUUUUUUAAAAUGUGUCUGUAACGCGAACAGAUUUCAGCUGGUUUAACCCUUGUCCCUUACUAAUUUUGCUACAUGUAUAAUAUAUAUACAUUCGAAUGUUUAAAGAAAGAUUUGGCAUUAUUUCUUUGAUUUGUACGAGGUACAUUCAUCGUUUAUGACAUCAAUUCAAAUACCCUCAACAUGUUGUCACGAUCAAGAAUUUGUCACUCUUGCUCUCACGAGAUUUUCUAUUCAAUGUUCAAACACCAUUAUUUGCAUAUGUGUUUUUUUUUAAAGAUAUAUUUACGGAGAAAAUAUGUUACGAGUUACAAACAGACUUUAAAUAAUGAUUAUUGAGCAUUCGCCUAAUUAAUUGGUUAAUUUCGUACUAGCGCAAUGCUUGUAGAGAAAAAAUUUUACACAAAAAAUAUAAACGAACGCAUAAAGUCCAAGGACUGGAUGCUUCCGUCAAAUGUUAUAACCAUUUAAUGGUAGAUUGAAAAUUUUUACCUUCAAUUUUAUCAAUGUUCUAAAUGACGUUGCAUUGCCUUUAGCAGGAGAUUUGAUAACUAUUUGGAGAUAGCUUAUUUUUCCUUAAAGGAAAUCUCCACGUAUGUCAAGAGUCUCAAAUAUGUUUUUGUUUUUUAAUGCUUCCUAGCUUUAAACUUCGUCUAAUAUAAUCUAUAAAUUGCCAAACCUUUUAUUCGAUUUGAUGAAAUAAAUUUAAUGAAAGGAAUAUAAA